GGGGUAGGCAACCUGUGGCUCUCUAGCUGUUGUGGAACUACAUUUCCCAUGAGGCAUUGCAAAGAUUACAAAAUUGACAGUUACAGCUAUGACUUGCAGAGGCAUGAUGGAACUUGUAGUCCUGUGGCUCUCAGGUUGCCUACCCCUGGCUUAGGCAAUCGGAAGCGGAAGUUGUCCUACCCUCCCUCCCCAUAGUCUUCUGGGACACGUGACAGGUCCAUGAAGAUGACGGGGCCAUUCAGGAAGCGCAGCACUACUCGCGCAUGCGCAGUGGGCACCCGGCUGUGAAGCCGCAGGGUGUCACAGCCGGG